AUGUCUUCAGAAGCCCCAUUGGACACAGAGCUCAGCAGAAGAAGCCUCAAGAAGCAAUGCUCGUUCACCAUUGAGAACAUUCUCUCCAGCCCAACAGAGAGAAGUCCCCAGGUUCUGGUCCCCUUCUGUCUCCAGGGGAUCUUGGACUGUGAGCCCAAGGGGCUGUGUGGGCUGGAGGCCAUCGCUGCUGGCUCUCUGCAGGAGGAGGAGGAGGAAGAAGAAGAACUGGAAGCUGUUGGGUGCAGCUGCUGUUGCUGUUCUCAUGCAAGCACCCGUUCCCUGCAGGAUUCUUCAAACUGGCUAGACACCAGGUUCCCCUGGCCCAUGAGGCUAAUUCAUCCCACUGCCAGGGCAUGUAAGAAUCUUUGUGGGAGCCAGAAUGAGCUGCAGACCUUCCAUCAGAUCCAAAGGCGGACCCGCCGGCACCGGACCAUCUUCACUGAAGAUCAGCUACAGGCCCUGGAGGCCCUUUUCAACCAGAACCAGUACCCAGAUGUCAUCACCAGAGAGCAUCUGGCCAACCGCAUCCACUUGAAGGAGGAGAGAGUAGAGGUUUGGUUUAAAAAUCGACGGGCCAAGUGGAGGCAUCAGAAAAGAGCUUCUGCUUCGGCUCUGCUCCUUCAAGGCACCAAGAAACCCUCGGAGAAGAACUGCUAA